ACGUACGUAAUGGAGAAGUCGCCACAGAAGCAGAAGCAGCAGCAGCAGAAUAGAAUAGUGAUCAUCAUCGGGAUGAAUAAGGCUCCAUCCGCCGAAGCUAUCGGCGACUAUCUGGUACAUGAGCUAAUUUCAAAUGAUGAUCCACACGCAAUAUGCAUUCCAGGAACAGGCUGGUGCACAACCGUUACCGAGAUCGGGGCCGUAACCUGGAUCGCGAUCGUAAUCGGGGAUCGAGAGCGAGAACUGAAGCGCAACGAAUCACCACGGAGCACUGGUGGAAACAAUCGUUCCCGGAAAGCGAAACAAUCGUUCGCUAGAAGUGCACGCGAACUUGACGGCCUCUCGGCCUAUUUGGAGGAACGGAACGAAAAACCCGUACCUAUCAGUUUCAUUCAGCGAAAUUCUCCGAAAGAUAAGUCAGCGGCCGUGAGGGGCCGCAAUCGGGGUGAUGGUGGUGGUAAGGGAGCACCUGCCGGUGGCAAACGACAGGAUCUUCUUCCACCUCGCCGUCGUUCGCGAUCACGAUCACCGCGUGACCGUCGAGGAGCACCACUUUUCCGGAGUCGAUCUCACUCCCAAUAUCCAUGCCGAAGCCCCUCACGAGACAGAAGGCAGCAACCAUCGUCCAGAGAUCGGAAUGUGCGCAAUCGGCAGCACACGGGGCCCCGUAACCCCGUACGACCCAAUCCACACAAAGGCACGCCCGGCAGAGUUUAAUUUUCAGAACCUCAUAAAAUACUAGAAACUUUUCAGUUGCAUUUUUUGGUAGAUAUUUCUUUUUAGGUCUUCCAUCUUUUCCAAAUGAAAUAAUUACAAAGCACAACCUAAUCACAAACAACGGAAAUAUGUAGAGAAUGUUCCGUCCGCUGUAUCUGGAGCAUUUCGAAGCGUUUCACUUCUCUUACACAUUUUAUCUUAAAUUACUUACUAGCUUUUCGUAGGAAAAUUUAGUUAUAUUUCGAGUAACACUGCAAAAAGAGCUCACAUUUUCGCAGAGCGUUUGACACUAUGUUUAACCUUUACAUGCCGUUCACACACUGAUGCGGAACGGAACGUUGCUUGCGUUGGGGCUCGUCCAAGGUACUUUAAAAAGACAGGUAGCAUCUUAACCGCUUUGACAGGUCACCAUUUUCAAUUUGUUUGACAUUCAUAGCAGGGCGCUUUUAUCAACAAAACCACGUGAGUUUCAAGAAGAAGAAGAAGAAGAAGAU